CAACAACAUUUACAACAAAACAACCCACAAGUGGAAAACCAACCUCUGGAUCAACAACCAUUCAUGGAGAAAGUGACCAUAUACUGGAAUCAUCCACUGUUUCAGAGGAAACCUUGGGAUCAACACAUAGUUCUCAAACACAAACAGCUACGUUGGUUUCAUCACUACCAAAUUUACAACACACUACAAGUUCAACAACAAAAUCAAAAGCUUCAAAGCUUCCAACAACAUCAACACCACAUAUAGGAGCAACAAUUAAAAUAACUACAUACAAGUUAGAAUCUAUGUCAACAAAACAAACACCGCAAACUACAAGAUCUUUAACAAUUGUUCAAACUGAUGCAAAAACAGAAUUUAGUCCAUCUACAUCAACUUCAACAUCAGUGUCACAUACUGCAACAACCAGUAUUUCUAUGCAGCAAGAAAAAUCAACUCAGAUUACAAGUUUAACUACUAAAUCAGGGAAUCCAGUUCAAACAUCAUCUUUUGCUGUAAAAAACACAGGGACAUUUGCUUCAAAGCAACCCACAACUAUAAAUCCAUCUGGUGGACCAACAACAACUCAAGUUAACACAAUAAGUAGGUCAGCUUCAUUGACAACCAGUCAAACAAUGAUAAUAACAAAGACUAGUGAAAGGGAUAAAACUGCAAACCACUCACAAUCUAGUACAGCAACUAAAACUCCUUAUAAAACUCUAACAUCUAUCACAGAUCAUACAACAAUACCAAUGGGGAAUUCCGAGACAGCAAUUAACCCUGCAAUGCCAUCUUCAUCUAUGACUCUAACAAAAACAACUAUAAAGGCCACAUCUUUAACACCAUCGGAAAUGACAGGAUUGAAAACCGAACUAACCGAAAGGUUCACAAAUACAAAAUCCUUCAACGCAACAGAUCAAACUGCUAGACCAGAUGUUGCUCUAACACAAACGAUAACUAGUGUAGCUAUUCAACAAGAAAAAUUAACAAAGAUUACAAGCUCAACAAUUCAAUCAACUGAGCCACUCGAGAAUUCCUCAUCUGUGAGGACCAGUUCAGAAAGAAAAAUAUCAGCUCCAGCUGCUGCACAAGAACCAACUGCAAAACAAAUAGUGGGACUGACAACAUCUCAAGUAAUAAACAGUGGACAAGUCUCUUUGUCAAAAGCGAGCACAACACAAACUGCUUGGUAUGGGGCAUCCAUGCAAAACUCCACAACCUUACAAGUGGGUCAAACUACUGUGAAAGGUCUAAUAGCUACCACACAUCAUACAUCUACUAACAUGGUGGAGUCCUUUGCAACAACAUCAACCAUGAGACCACCGUCAUCUGUGAUUUCUGCAACAGAACAAACAUCUAUCAGUUCAAUAGGUAUAUCUCCAUAUGUAAAACCAACCACAAUAGACACUGUAGUAACACAAUUACAUAACACUUUGAAUGUAAGUCAAGAGACACAAACUGUAGCUGCAGAAACAACCGAGGCACUUGUACCAGUAAAAUCAUUCACUGCUGAUAAAGAAAGUAUUGGAUCAACAGCAGUUGAUAAAAAAAUUGACUCUGCCGACACCACAAUGUCUAUGGUUACAUCUCCUCAAGAAACAACACCAAGAACCGCUUACACAAUGGCUCUUGGGGAGGAACCAAAAGCCAUAACAGGCAAAGAAGAUCAAAACGUAACCUCUUUACAAAGUUUGCAGUCUUCCAACACAAGUUCACAACCAUCUCUCAGAGCUUCAUUGGACCCAGUCGGCACAACCAGGACCACUUUUUUUUCAAUUAAAAUAGAAGAAAACCAUUCAAAAAGCACAUCCCCUUGGGCCUCUGAGACCACAGAAAUGGAUAAGGUUACAACAAAAUCUACAGAUGUUGAGCAUGAAAGCACAGAGACAACAAACUCAAGUUUACAUGCAUCAUCAGCUAACCAACUACAAUCAACGCAAGUGAAAUAUAAUGCAACUACUUUGCCUGUUUCUCAGAACAGGACAGUGUUUUUCAAAUAUAGUCAGAGGGUUGUUGUUCCAAGGCGUUUAAUCUUUGACUAUCCAGUGGUGGAGCGUGCUACGUUUUUCACAAAUAAUACAGAGAAUGAUGAUGCAUAAAAUAAACUAAGUAUGGAGGCGUUUAUCGUCCAAGAUGAUGGAAACUGCAGAUCUAAUUACUAAUUAGAUAUCUUUUUUAUAUGUAUAUUUUUAACGGCUUUUAUGUUCAAACUUUUUAUAUGUUUCUCUUUUGAUCUGUUAAGAUUUUAUCAACUGUGUAUAAAAUUUAUUAGAAAAGAUGUUUGAUCAUCUUAAAUCUGCAGAGAAAAUUAAAGAUUUAAAUUAUUAGAUGCAGCAUUUGGGCUGCAUCCAGUCUGUAGAAUAUUCAUAAUCAAACAUUCAUGGAUUGUUUAUUUUGUACAUAAAUGCAUUUUUUUUUUAUUGCAGAAUCCAACAUUUACCAUUGUUGUUUAUCUGACAAAAAAGGAUCCUCCGGUGUGUUAGAGUUUAUACUGAUACUGAUACUUUUUACCAGUUUUUACCAAUACAAUAUAAAAUGAAAAUAAAACAUUUUAAGGUGUAAUUUGGGAUAUGAUAUUUGCUGAUGUUUUCAUUUUUCGUGGAUGGACAUUUUUCAAACUAAUAACACAUUCAGCCUAUGGCAAUUUUCUGUACUGAAUAAAGAUAAUAAAGCAGAUGACAGUUAAAGGAAUAACAUAUAAUACAUACUUAUAGUUUCCUAGUUAGGAUACCAUGACAUCAAUUUAGUCAGGAAGCUCGAACCGUAAUGGAUAUGGAAAUCCGUCUGGAGCUGUGGCUAUUCUAAACUGUGCAAUUA